GAUGCAGCUCGUGUAGAGGACUCGCUUUCCGAUUCGUCUCCACGAUUUCCCUUCAGAAGUUUCAUCAUCAUCAUCAUCUAUAAUUCCUUCUCUGGCUCAUCACAGCAUAUGCAAUGAUUGAGUCUCUAUAUUUGGAUCAAACUUUUUUUGUUUUAACCUGAAACACACUUUUAGCUGUACAAGAGAUGGCGGAUGACAUUGAAGAAUCUCUUCCAUCAGCGGAUGAUGCUGAGAUAGACUUUGACAAGGUCGAAUUCACUUCAGCAGCAGGGUUGGCCACAGAAAAAUCUCCUGGGCUCUGGGACAAGGCGUUUUUGGGCCUGAGAAUCGCAGCCAGAGUGUUGGGUGUGUUUGUGUGUCUGUACUUUUUCAUUUGUUCCCUGGAGUUGCUGGCUGCUGGGUUCAGGGUUCUUGGGGGUAGAACUACCACUGAAUUGCUGAGAUCCAGUAUGUUGUCCAAUCCCGUGGUUGGGCUGAUGGUUGGUGUCCUAGUGACUGUCAUAGUGCAGAGCUCAUCAACCACCACUUCCAUGGUAGUGGCUAUGGUGAAUGCCCAAAUAGUGUCCCUGCCAGUGGCCAUACCUAUAAUCAUGGGUGCCAACAUUGGAACCACAGUCACCAAUAGUCUGGUGGCCUUUGGACAAGCUCAAGAGUCCUCAGAGUUUGAGCUGGCAUUUGCUGCUGCUUCAAUACAUGACUUCUUCAACUGGCUCUGUGUUGUUGUCCAAUUGCCUGUGGAAGUCCUGGCCAGACCACUGGAAAUCAGCACUGGACACAUGGUUGGCUGGAUCAGCAGGGAUGAGAGUGCAAAACCAACUUUUGCUCCUUUGCACACCAUCACUGCUCCUGUAAUCAAUUCCAUCAUGCAGGUCAACAAGACAUUCUUGGAUCCAACAAUUGACUUCAACAAUACAGACCCUUCAAAAAUAUCUGCACGCAAAGACUGCUCAGUUCCUGGUGCCAAGUGCAGCCCAAGUUCAUAUCUUUUUGAAUCAAGAAGUCUGUCAGAUUCUGCAGCAGGAUCCCUGUUGGUGAUGUUUGCCAUGGGACUCAUGUGUGGGAUGCUGAUCCUCAUGGUCAAACUCCUGCAUUCUUUGCUCAGAGGGGAAAUUGAGGCAACAGUCAACAAGGUCAUCAAUGCAGAAUUUCCAUAUCCAUUCAAAUGGCUGAGUGGGUAUGUGGCCAUUUUGGCUGGAGCAGUGAUGACUUUCUUGGUGCAAAGCAGCUCUGUGUUCACCUCCUCUCUCACACCCCUGGCAGGUCUUGGGUUGAUUACACUUGAGAGGGUGUAUCCAAUGACUCUGGGCUCCAACAUUGGCACCACUUCCACUGCACUGAUGGCAGCUGUGAGCACAGACAACCCAGACACCUUUCAGAUCACCCUGCAGGCUGCCUUGUGCCACUUUAUGUUCAACUUGAUUGGAGUGCUGUUGUUUUAUGUCCUGCCACCCAUGAGGAUCCCUAUCCCAAUUGCCAGAUAUCUUGGGAGAGUUGUGGGGAAGUACCCUUGGUUCUCUUUGUUCUAUAUUCUGUCUUCAUUCAUCCUCCUGCCACUGCUGGUGUUCAUCUUGUCUUCAAUUUCUGUCUGGUUGCUCAUCACAGUGUGCAUCCUGACAGCUCUGCUGGUGUGCUUCCUCUUGGUGGUGAACAAGCUGCAGGAGAUCAGACCACAAAGUCUUCCUAAAUUCCUCCAGACCUGGGAAUUCCUGCCAAUUUGGUUGCGCAGUUUGGAGCCCUAUGACAGGGUUGCCAAAAAGGUCAUCCAGUUCUUCUCCAAGUGCAGAAGAACCAAGAGAAAUCAAACCCCAGAAGAGACACCUUCACCAUCAACAGCACCAGUUUAUUUGGAGGCUUCACCCAAUACUCAGCAGAGCAAUGAGCAAAAGCAGGACUAAGCAACAGUUACAACAUUAUAAUACAUCAGCACUGUGUCAAAAAGACUUCAGUCACGGUAGUGACCCUGGAUGCGCUGAUUGGUUGGGUCAAAGGGGGACUUGGUGUGGACCUGGGCCUUGACCUUGUCACACAUGAUUUCAAGUUCAUAGCUGCCUUCUUUGAUGUCAUGUGUGGAAAUGGGGGUGUUGUCAAGACUCCUGAUGUACCUGUUGGUCAGAAUUAAUAAAAUGACCCUUAUUUAUUGCUGAUGCUGCAUGAAGACCAGAAGCAGCACACAUUUCUGCUUGAAGAUAUGCUCUCUCUAUAUGCUAAAAGCAGAAAUGAAGGGUGUGUUCUUACCCAUAACCAAUACUU